AUGCCAAAUAUUUCAUUUGUCGGAGCCAAGAAACGCAAAACUCGCCAUCCAGGCUGGGUCUUCACAAUGUCGCGGCGCACGCAAGUUGCUUCUCAGCCCGCGCUUGCUAAAUGCAAGCUUCUCUCGCUCGUCGACGAAUUGCUUUUGAACAUCAUCGAUCACACCGAUUGCCGAAAAGCGCUCUGCAACCUUGCCGCAACAUGCACGCGUUUCCAGGGUCUCGCGGAGCCGUAUAUCUGGCGAUCGCUGCUUGUACUGACAGGUGGACAUGCACGCAAAAUCGCCGCAGCCUUUGAUAGCUGGGACGCGAGAGUUGACUUUGUUCAGGAGAUGUCUGUUAGGUAUCAGGACAACCACAAAGAAGGGAUUGAAGAUCUCAAUCAUUUCGUUGGACUAAUGGCGAAGCUGCGUCAUUUGACGCUUGAGAGCCCGUGUCCAAACAACUCUGAAUGGAAUACGGUUUCUUACUUUGAUGGAUGGUCACGGAUUGACUACACAAACUUGCUUGCAGGUUCGGUGUACCCCCGUAUGGAUAUGACGCCUACACUCCCUAUGCUACAAUCUCUUACGCUACAUGGGCAUGGCCCGGAUAACAAGAUGUUCGUCCUCGAGCGCCGGGCUGCGGCGAUGUUCUUGCAUCCCACUUUGCGAAAGAUAACGAUAUCAUGCCUGAACUUCGACACCGACAUUGAACUCAAUGAUAUCCCUAUCGAAAAACACAAAUCUACGCCAUUGCAGAGCCUGACAUUGAUCGAAUGCAAUGUUAACGUACGCUAUCUGGAUGUUGUUCUUAGUCUACCCAAAGCUUUGAAGGAGCUGUCAAUAAAUGAGCGCUUGCACUCAUUUCCAGAAUGCAGACCAUCUAUGGAUCCUAAGACACGCACCUCUUCUGUGCUUUUCCUUACCGCAUUACAAAAACAGGCAGGAUCCUUGCGAAGCCUUGUUCAUAUCGGAGGUAAGAUGCAGCAUCUGACCGACCGGGAGACCGAUCCACAAGGUUCUUCGAAGCUACGAUCUCUUGUUGAACUUGAGCAUCUCGAACUCGGCUUCGAAUCACACCUGUACUAUUAUCUGCGUGAUAACGGCUUCCCUCCUGCGCUCAAGACCCUGAAAAUGCUGGACAAUGCGAUCUCUAUCGGCGCGGGGCACUUCUUGGAUCCUCUGCUUAGAAUUAUCUUCCGCUCCAUGACCUCUCUUGUAACCAGUCAUCUUCCUCAAAAUCUAGCACCAGGAUUCACACUGCACCUCAUGUUCUCUGAGACUACCAUACGCCGUCUACGCGUCCAAAAUACGAUAGACCUGGACCUGAACCAGCUUCUUACUGAAAUCUUCCUCGACCGGCCCACCGUUUACAAGAUUGCGGAUAUCCUCAAGUCGUACAAGUCUCGCUUCUGCAUCACUCGCGAAUCGUUCCCUUCUGGAAUGGGAUACAUACCACCGUACAUGUACGGCGAGGAGCUCCCCGUCGAGACGGUGAUGUACGAUUCGGAUGAUUACUGGCGAUUCAACACUAUCAGCUUCCGCGCCAUGGAUGAUGAGGAAUUGAAAAAAGAGCUUGAAAAAGAGAAACGAAUGCUCAUGUGCCAGAGCUGCUACAUGCUCAACUGUUCAGUCGGUGAUUGUAUAUUUGAGCGGGAUGCGACGCGUUGUUCGAGCUGCGAAUUAUGGGAUCGGAAGUGCGAGAGGGCAAAAGACGAAGAUGGGAGCUCUGUUGCGCAAGCGGCGCAGUAA